AUGCCGCUCUACUACGCCGUCGCCCGCGGGAGAGAGCCCGGCAUAUACAAUAGCUGGUCGGAAUGCGAAGAGCAAGUCAAGGGUUAUGCAAAUGCCAGCUUCAAAAAGUUCAAGUCAUCGCAGCAAGCUCAAGACUUUCUGCAACAUGGAGAUUAUGCGACGGCUGCUGCUGCUGCUGCUGCUGUUGCCUCUCCUUCAGCUUCCGCUUCCACAUCAACGCUCGGCGGUGAUCGCUCCCGCGAGAGCUCAUCGGCCGCAAAGAAGACCGGCUCGGCAGAUGUGCAAUCCGUCUUGCAACGCGUCGAUGCCAUCUACGACCAGCAGCAUAGUUCCUGCUCAUCCAAUGGCAGGCGCGUCAUCAAGGUGUACACCGACGGCGCAUCUCACGGCAAUGGGAAAAAGGGCGCCACUGCCGGAUGGGGCGUUUACUUUCCAGACGAAGACCUUGCAUACUUGUCGGAAGCAGGAAGACUGCAAGGCCGCGUCAUGACCAACAAUCGAGCCGAGCUGAUGGUGAGGCAGCGGCAGCAGCGCUCCCCUCUCUCUCACGCCUCGCUGACCGCCGCACCAGCCUUUUCGCUCCUCCCACCCCCUCCCCUUCAACAAGGCCAUCAUACGUGCUUGUCAAUUGUGUCCUGAUCCGAAAGCUCAUCUGAUCAUCUACACGGACAGCCAGUACUGCAUCAAGGGUGAGACACGCGUUCGCAAUAACUGCUGACCAAAACCUGAACGUCGAGGCGGUGCUUGCGUUCCCACACACAGUCAUCACACAGUGGCAGCGAAAAUGGCGAAAAGAUGGGUGGAUGACGUCGGGCUUGGUGUACAGACAUGGUGUUUUGCAGCCAGACAGCGCAGAGCCCAAGCCGGUGGUGAACAAGGACCUGAUCAGAAGAUUGGAAAGGGAAUUAAGCAGUCGAGAGAUUCGACCAGCAUUGAUUCACAUCAAGGGACACGCCGGACAUUCCGGAAAUGAGGCGGCGGACAAGUGAGAGUUGAACGAGCGAUCCGAGAGAGGCGAGGCGAGGCGAGGCGAGGCGAGGCGCCAGCCUUGUUGAAGCCAGGCACAUCUGAUAUCUUGUUGCCGCCCCCAUCAGACUUGCGGGGGAAGGUGCUCGCAAGCCGGCCGUACCAGAAGAAGAGUGGGAGAGCAUAGAGCCUUCCUCCUCUGACGACGAGCGAGUUGAUCGCCAUCGAGCGACGAAGAAGACGUUGGCAGCGUACGCAGCUGCGAAUGCCCGUGCACCCGCACUCACAAAGGGCGAUGCUGGCCGUGCCUCUCAUCGUGCCACCGAGGCCGAAUUGGACGCCUUUGCCGCCAUCAACGCUGCUGCUGCUUCGAGAGAAGAGAAAUCGGUCGCUGCUCAACAUUCUGAAGAGGUGGCCGCCGCGCUGGGUUUCGAGGUGAGUCGGCAGAGACUGACUGACGCUGACGAGGCAGGCCUUGAUGUCUCCACUCACUCACGCACGCACGCACGCACGCACGCACGCACGCACGCACGCGCCUCUAUCCUCAGCUCGAUGCUGACGACCUUCUCAGUGAGGCAGAGCUGGAACACUUUGAGCGUGGUGAUGUGAGCGACCAAGAUUCGGCGGACUCUUGCACUGAAGAAGAGGGUGAGCCGUCGCGCCAGCAUCCAAGCGGCGCCUCUCACCCUUACCCAAAGAGGGAAUCAUCGGGAGGUUCUGAGACGGCAAAGCGUUUGCGAACUUGA